AUGUCUACAGUUGUGGCCCAAUCGCAUUUCAUCUUCGGCCUGCGGACUGGGGUGACCAACAACGUCGUUUUUUAUGACGAGCAAACCGUCAUAUUUCUGUCCGGAAACAACUGUGUGCGCUAUAACAUCGACCAGAAAUGGCAGAGGUUCAUUCCAGGAACCGAGAAAAGUCAAAGUAUGCAGGCCCUAGCUUUAAGCCCCAACCGACGCUACCUGGCAGUGUCCGAGCGGGGUGAGAAGGGCACCAUCACGGUGUAUGACCUGCAAAAUGAUCAGAUCAAGAAGAGGAAAGUACUGAGUGGAGGAGAAAUCCCUGUGCAGGAGUUUGUCUGCAUGGCUUUCUCUCCUGACUCAAAGUACCUCAUUGGCCAGUCAGGCGGCCCAGACUUUACCCUCUUCUACUGGAUGUGGGAGAAACAGAAGGUCAUUGCCACAGUGAACACUGGAGGGCCCACUCACCAGGUGAGCUUCAACCCUCGGGACAACACUCAGAUCUGCGCGUGUGGGACUGGGGUAUUCAAACUUUUCCGGUAUGCAGAGGGGGUGCUGAAGCAAUUCAGUGCCCAGAAGCUGGAGUCCCACAAUUUCCUGUCCCAUGAUUGGGUGUCAGAGAAACGGUUAAUCGCAGGCACAGACAAAGGUCGGCUGCUGGUGAUCGAAUCUGGAGACCUGUGGUGGGAGACGAACGUGGUGAUGAAGCCCUCUGCACAGGAUCCUGAAAGAUCAGAGGACAGGAAGAAGCAGGAAGAGUCAGCCCCUGCCCAGCUGCCUCGUGUCACAGCCAUUGCUGCCUACUCUAAGGGAUUUUUCUGCUCUGCUGGGCCAGGGAUGAUGUGUCUAUUUGAGAAGAUGGAGGACAAGGACCACUACAGGAAAUCCAGAGAGAUCCGGAUCCCCGCAGAUCCAUGCAGCAAUGAUCCCAGCCAGGCAGAGCAACAGGAGAUCAUCUGCAUGUGUAUAAGUCCUUUGGAGGAAACCCUAGCAACCAGCACUGACCGUGGUCAGCUUUACAGCAUCACCUUGACCUCUGCAGAGAUGGGAAAGGGGGAAGAAGCUUAUUUUGAGUUCCUGUCUGACUCCUUCCACUCUGGGAUAAUCACUGGUCUGUCCAUCUGCAUCCGAAAGCCCCUCAUCGCCACCUGUUCCCUGGACCACUCUGUGCGCAUCUGGAACUUUGAGUUAAACAUGCUAGAGCUGUACAAGGAGUUCCAGGAGGAGGCCUACAGUGUAGCGCUCCACCCCACUGGACUUUUCAUCCUGGUGGGCUUCUGUGACAAGUUACGUUUAAUGAACCUUCUGAUCGAUGACAUCAGGACCUUCAAGGAAUUCACUGUGCGCGGGUGUAGGGAGUGUGCUUUCAGUUAUGGGGGACACCUGUUUGCUGCUGUCAAUGGAAAUGUCAUUCACAUCUACUCCACAACCACAUUUGAAAAUAUUCUGAACCUGAAGGGUCACAACGGAAAGGUGCGUUCCAUCAUGUGGAGUGAGGAUGACAGGAGGCUGGUGUCAUGUGGGAUGGAUGGUGCUGUAUAUGAGUGGAACACUCUUACCAGUAAGCGUGAAUCAGAGAGUGUCCUCAAGACCUGCAUGUACACCAAUGUCACCAUCUCCCCUGAUGCCAAGAUCAUUUUUGCUGUGGGAACGGACUGUACAUUGAAAGAGAUUCAAGACUGCCAGAUUGUGAAAGAAGUGCCAUCAAAUGAUGUGACCUACACUGCCGUUGCUUUGUCCCAUCUGGGACGAGUGCUCUUCAUUGGCACCUCUGCUGGGACUGUCAGAGCCAUGAAGUACCCCUUACCCAUACAGAAUGAGUGGAUAGAAUACCAAGGCCAUGCAGCACCUAUCACCAAGAUGGCUGUGACAUUUGAUGACCAGUUCCUGCUGACUGUAUCAGAGGACAACUGCCUGCUCAUCUGGAAAAUUAUUGACAAGGAGAGGCAUGGCAUGAAGAGGGACAAUGAGAUCUGUUACUCUGAGGAAAUCCUUGUAACUAAGUCUGACCUGGAGGAGAAGAAUCAAUUAAUGCUGGAACUGAAGACGAGGGUGGAUGAGCUCAAGAUGGAGAAUGAGUACCAACUUCGAUUGAGGGACAUGAACUACAAUGAGAAGCUUAAAGAGCUGACGGAGAAGUUCAUUCAGGAGAUAGAUUCUCUGAAAACAAAGAACCAGGUUCUUAAAACAGAAAAGGAAAAACUUGAGUUGGACCAUAAGGCUUUAAUGGAUGAAGUGAUGGAGAAGCAUUCAAAAGAACAGAGGGAUUUAGAGUCUACCAAUAACCAGAAGCUGAUGCUGGAGUAUGAGAAAUACCUGGAACUACAGAUGAAGUCUCAGCACAUGCAGGAGGACUAUGAACGGCAGCUACACUCUUCAGAGGAAAGUAAGACAGAAGCACUGGAGGAACUCACCCUGCAGUAUGAGUCCAAGCUGCAGGAGAAAGUCCGUAAACUGAAGGAGUGUGAGGACAAAUCCCAACAGCAAAAACGGGAAUAUGAGGAAAUGAUAAAGAUCAUGGAAGAGGAUACAGACAGGGAGAUCUUGGACAUCCGUGUCAAAUUUGAGAAGAUGUUGACAGAGGAGAAAGAGACCAACGUGCACUUGAAAGACGAGACUGGCAUCAUGAGGAAAAAGUUUAGCAGCUUACAGAGGGAGAUUGACGACAAGAAUAUGGAGACUGAAAAACUGAAGAUGGAGCUUCAGAAACUGCAUGGUGUGAUCAAGUCCCUGGAAAAGGACAUCCUGAGCCUGAAGAAGGAGAUCCAGGAGAGGGAUGAGACCAUCCAGGAUAAGGAAAAGCGCAUCUAUGACCUGAGGAAGAAGAACACUGAGCUGGAAAAGUUCAAGUUUGUGUUGGACUAUAAAAUCAAAGAACUGAAAAAGCAGAUAGAACCCAGAGAAAACAACAUUAAAGAGAUGAGGGAGCAGAUCCAAAAGAUGGAAGGUGAACUGGAGCAGUUCCAAAGGCGGAAUACCCAGAUGGAGCUGAACAUUGCAGAGCUCAAUCUCAAGCUGAAGGCCACAGAUAAGGAUAGACGCCGAGAGAUGCAGAGGGUGCAUGAUAUAGAAGCUCUGGUGCGGAGAUUCAAGACAGACCUUCACCGCUGUGUGAGCUUCAUUCAGGAGCCUAAAAAGUUGAAAGAUAGCAUCCGUCAGCUUUACAGCCGCUACAUCCAGAAGUCUGAUGUGGUGGACAUUGAUGGGGUGGAUGCUGACAUACAGAAGGAAUACAAUCGUCAGCGAGAGCACUUGGAGAAGACUGUGGCCUCCCUUAAGAAGAAGCUAGCCAAAGAUAGUGAGAUUCACCGUGCAGACAAGCUCAGGAUAAUGAGGGAAAAUACCUUCCUGAUCGGUGAGAUCAAUGAAUUAACAAGGGAGCUGAAAGUCCUUCGAAGUCAAGACCAUGGAUCUGACAACCAGUUGGGAUUCAAUAGGAAGAAGAUGAUGCAGAAUACCUCAAAACCCAAAGCACUGACCUCGACAAAGUCUGCUCCCAGCAGUCCGGUGUCCAGGCUCAACUUUGAUGGGGAGUCAGAGAGGAUUAUCCAACUGCAGCGUGUCGAGAUUGGCAGGCUUCGCAAUGAGAUCCUUAUCCAUGGGGAUACACACUUAGUCCAAACCCCCUCCACUGUCAACCUGCCCUCGGUCAUCUCCUGA